AUGGAUAAGGGACUAUUAGUGACAGCUACACUAAACAAUCACCUGCCUGGUCCAUGCUUCAAUCAGGAAAUAUAUGUGUGUAGUAAAAAAGGUUAUUUGGUUGUAAGAGGUGGGGACUUGCACGGUAAACUUCACAAAAGUGCUCAAAAAAGUACUCCCGACGAAGAAAGUAAAAGACAACAUGAUAAAGAAGAUGUUAUCUAUGUUGAUAUAGAAGACUUAAGUUGCACUUCAAGUGUGAUACCAAAACCUUACAUCAAAGGAUUGUGUAAAAUGAUAAGUGCUCUCAAGGAAGCAUUUCUUCCAGUUAAAGAGCAAAUGGAUUGGGUUAAAGAACCUGUGAGGGCUGCAGCCACCUUUGAAGAUGGUCAAAGAGUUCAAGCAGCAAUGGAAGCAUUAAGAAAAUCAAGCGAAGAUGGAUGUUGGACCACUGUACAACUGCUUACAGAGCCUCCAGAUCCAAACCCUGCACUAUCAGCAGCAGUCAGAAGAACUGCUAUAUCUUUGCAG